GAAGAUUGGUGGGACAUGGAUGGUGAAGGAUCUGAAAGCAGUAAUGUUUGUUUGAAGGAUGGGAUAAAUGAGAUUUAUAAUUUUUAUUUCGAUAACAUUGAGGAAGUUGCACCGGAGAUUGACAUCAGGGAACUUGAAGAGAAAGACCAAGAUCAGUUGUAUGAGCUGCUCACUCCCCCAGGGUCGACUUGCGUGUUGGAUCUUAGCCUUACAAGAGUACACCUUUACCAUUGUACAUCAUUCCAGAAGGCAGCAUUCAAAUACUGA